UCAGCACCUCUCGCCCUCCGUCUCCCGCGCUCGGCGCGUCCCUGUCCAAAGCGAAGCCGGGGAGCAAGUCGCGCCGGGGAAAGAAAGCUGCUCCGACAGGCGCGGGUGUCAUGUGAGAAACGCACAGGCUCUGCCCUCCCCGCGGCCCUUUCCCUGCCGGGGGCUUCUUUUUCCAGAAAGAAACUCCCGUCCCCCCUCGCGCCCGCCGUCAUUUCUCUCUCCGGCUCCGGCUCCGAAACUGACAAGGCGACCACGACCCCUCCCUCGCCCGCCUCCCCCUCCCGCUCCUCAGUUCAAGGGAUCACAAAAGAAAUCUCGGGAGUCGCUCGGGGGGCGCCUUGGACGCGGAGAGCCAGCGCGGAGGAGGGCGGUCCGGACGCCCCAGAAAGACCCUGGGCUGCAGGGCGGAGGCGCUUCUCCCGCCGCGAGAAAGAAAAGUGUGCGAGAGGAAGCCCAGGCGAGCGCAGCCUCGAAGGAAUGCUCUUGGCAGCCGAGCAGCCCCGCUCUCGCCGCCUGCGCUCUCGCUGAGAAGGGGAUUUUAAAGCUGGGAGCUACAUGACUGCGCGGAGCAGGGAAGCGCCAGCAUCAUGCGAGCACAAAUUGAAGUGAUACCAUGCAAAAUUUGUGGUGACAAGUCUUCUGGAAUACACUAUGGAGUCAUCACAUGUGAAGGCUGCAAGGGAUUCUUUAGGAGGAGUCAACAGAACAAUGCCUCAUACUCCUGCCCAAGGCAAAGAAACUGCUUAAUUGACAGAACCAACAGAAACCGUUGCCAACACUGCCGACUGCAGAAGUGUCUUGCCCUAGGAAUGUCUCGAGAUGCUGUAAAGUUUGGAAGAAUGUCCAAAAAGCAGAGGGACAGCUUGUAUGCAGAGGUACAGAAGCAUCAACAGCGACUGCAGGAGCAACGGCAGCAGCAAAGUGGCGAGGCUGAAGCCUUGGCCCGAGUCUACAGCAACAGCAUCACCAAUGGCUUGAGCAACCUAAACAAUGAAACUGGUGGCACUUAUUCAAACGGGCACGUCAUUGACCUGCCAAAGUCCGAAGGCUAUUACAAUGUGGAUUCUGCCCAGCCCUCCCCAGACCAGUCUGGCUUAGACAUGACUGGAAUCAAACAGAUCAAGCAGGAACCUAUCUAUGACCUCACUUCAGUACCAAACUUGUUUACCUAUAGCUCUUGCAACAAUGGGCAAUUAGCUCCUGGGAUAACCGUGGCAGAAAUAGACCGAAUUGCACAGAAUAUCAUUAAGUCCCAUUUGGAGACAUGUCAGUACACAAUAGAGGAACUACACCAGCUGGCCUGGCAAACCCACACAUAUGAAGAAGUCAAAGAAUACCAGAGCAAGUCAAGAGAAGCAUUAUGGCAGCAGUGUGCAAUCCAGAUCACACAUGCCAUUCAGUACGUGGUGGAAUUUGCAAAGCGGAUAACAGGCUUCAUGGAGCUCUGUCAAAAUGAUCAAAUUCUACUUCUCAAAUCAGGCUGCUUGGAAGUGGUUUUAGUCAGAAUGUGCCGUGCCUUCAAUCCACUCAACAACACUGUUCUGUUUGAAGGAAAAUAUGGAGGGAUGCAAAUGUUCAAGGCUUUGGGUUCUGAUGACCUCGUGAAUGAAGCAUUUGACUUUGCAAAGAAUUUAUGUUCCUUGCAGCUGACUGAGGAGGAAAUUGCCUUGUUUUCAUCUGCUGUUCUGAUAUCACCAGAUCGGGCUUGGCUGUUGGAACCAAGGAAAGUCCAGAAGCUUCAGGAAAAGAUUUAUUUUGCACUUCAACAUGUGAUCCAGAAGAAUCAUCUUGACGAUGAGACUUUGGCAAAGUUAGUAGCCAAGAUACCAACCAUCACUGCACUUUGCAACUUGCACGGAGAAAAACUGCAGGUAUUUAAACAAUCUCAUCCCGAUAUAGUGAAUACACUGUUUCCUCCGUUAUACAAGGAACUGUUCAAUCCAGACUCUGCCACUGGCUGCAAGUGAAGGCAAAGCUAGAAUAUUUCAUGGAAUGCAUCACUCUUCAGACAAAAGAAUUGUUUUCAUGGAGACUUUCUUAAAUAUGUCACUACUGCAACACUAGGAAUGUCCUGCACUUAAUAGAAUUAUUUUUCACCGCUACAGUUUGAAGAAUGUAAAUAUGCACCUCUGAGUGGGGCCUGUUUUUGUUUCUCUUCUUUUUCCCUUUAUGUUAAUUUUCCCCUUCUUUUUGUUUUGUUUUGUUUAUUUUUAACUUACCAGAAAUUUGCAAAUAUAGAACACUGGGUGUUACCUUUAUUUUUGAUUUUAUUUUAUUGGGUGCUUUGUUUUUGGGAGACAAACUGUUUAUAGAAGUUUAUUGUAGAUAUAAAUGAAAACAGAGGAGUACUUUGCGGUAUUACUCUUGCUGUUUAUUGUUCAAAUAUAAUUUAAGAAAUUUCCACUAAACUAGGCUUACCUAUUUCUAUGUUUUUAGCUAGUUAAAUGCAUGUGGCAAUAUGUGGCUGUCUUGGAAAUAGGUGUGUGUGUGUGUGUGUGUGUGUGUGUGUAGGUGUAUAUAUAUGGGCAUGAGCCUUUCCUGCCUGGGUGCCGUGUGUGUGCAUGGAGGAUAACUCAGAGGGCUUAAAAGAGCUCUGUUUCAACCCUCAGCCAGUGUUCCUGGCCCUGUGCAUGCAGCAUUCUAGGGGAAUCUGGGCAAUGGGUGGUCUCUAUGUGCCUCCCAUACCCCCAUCUGAGCUUACAUGAACGAGCUCUAGGGACUUCCCAUUCUCUGUAAAUUUCCAUUAUGCUCUGCACAAGCUGAGAGGAAUAAGUGAAAACAGGCCUCCCUUAUGCCCUUUGGAGAUCUUUUGACACAUGGGCAAGGAUCAUGUCCUGUGUGUAUACAUACAUGGAUAGUAUAUACCAGGGAUGGAUGGCUUUGACAUUCUCUAUCCUUAAAACAGCAGUCAGGUGCCAGAAGUCUAUUUCGCUGCACACCUCUACUUCACCAUGCCGGGCGGCUAAGCUCCAAUAUGCCCAAGAGAGAUGAAGUAUUUAAAAAGCAUUCAUACAUUAACACACAUAAAAUCAACAUUUCCUUUCCUCCAAAUAAAACACUAGGCAAAGUUUAACCACAACUUGAUUCAAAUUUGGUAGCAACCCCAGACUCAGGAUGAAAUUGGUUGAUGAAUCACCAGAUAGCCAUCCCUGCUAUAUACCAAUAUAGUACAUAUAUACACACACAUAUAUGGAAUACGCAAACACUUGCUGUAGCUUAAAAAAUGCCUAUUUUCUAGGGACGCUCUUCUGCAUUUUUAACUCUUCAUGUAAUGUGCUAGUUUUAUGUUGGGCAAUUAGGAUUUUGCUCUGCCAUCCACCCAUGUAUAAUGACAAGAUGGUACCUUUUCUGAUCAGUUUGUAUAUAAUGUGAAUGCAGUACGCAGUCAGUGAAUGAAAAGUCAGGUUAGUAUUAUGGUGCCAAAGCCUUGUCUGGAUAAUUCAAAUGGACAGAGAAAAAGUUAUUGGGAGAUUCCCCCCCCCCCCCGUGAUAAAACAUAUAUUAAACCUAAUAUUAUAGGACACAAUGCCAAUAGAGUAUUUAAACCACAGAGUAAAAUGUAGACUUGUCCAAAACAGUUUUUUGUGAAUCAGAAAGAGUUUAUUUUAUUAACACUUUGUCAAACAAAAAUCAUCACUAUUGCUCUGAUAUUCCCCAAGGGUGAUGGAGCAGCCCAGUGAUGUAACUCUGAAGGAGUAAAGUAAAAGCUACAAGAGCAAACAACCUGUUAUCAUCCACUAAGGUAUUAUUGUGAGGCUGUGAGGUGAAAGUGGAGGCUUUCCAUCUGCAUACCCAUUGUUGAAUGCAAUUUUAAUAUCCCAGUGUCUGGAUCAACAGCUGUUUUCACUAGUUCAUUUCAAAUCCAGGGCUUUCAUUGCUCAACUGGUACGUCUAAACAAUACAGGAGUGCUAGUUCAACCCAUUGAAGCACCUAACAUUAAUACCCCUGAUCUCUGAACCAUGAAUCUUCAAGCCACAGAGCUUCUACAUAAAAUUCCAUUAGCAUCUAAGAGAUUUCAUAUGAAACCUAUCCCCUACUCCCCAACCCCUACGGUUGUAGAUGUGUUAAGAAUUGCAAGGGCAGAGCCAUUCCAAGAGCAGAUUUCUCCCAACUGUAGACUGGAUCCAAUCUCUCUUAGCAGUCUUCUUCAAAGUUGCAUCUUAGAUGCCUUGGGCAUGUGUUGUCCUUCAACAGCUAUCCAAGGAUGGUUAUAGAAGAUGCUAGUCAGGACGCAAGAAUCCAUGUAUAAACCUUGCCAUCUCUGCAACAUAUUUGUGGUCUUCUAAAACUGCCCUGGCCCACCUUCCAAACCUUCUGGAAGCCUGCUAGAUACUAUAGGAUGUAUCCUCUCUUGCCUUUCUUCUGCAGCCCAUUAUGUUCCACCUUCUACUGCCUCUUUUCUAUGACACAAAUAUAUUCUUUAUACCCUCUGACAACAAUGGCCCAUAGCAAUCACAUCAGACUUGGGAUAAGCUUUUUUAAAGUCCAUACUGUGUUAUAUGCAGCUCCUAAUUUUAUUGAAAUCUGUUCUCUGCAUUCCAGACUUUCGUUUGGAAAAGCACAGCUGUAAAAAAAAAAAAA